GUGUAUAAGUUUUAUUUACAUUUUAUCAAUCGCGUGUUUUCAAACGCAUGUGAAUUUUUUCAACAAAUUUCAAUCGUUUUUAUUCGAAAAGUAACUGAUUAAAAAUGAAAUUAUUAACGUACAAUUUCCUAACAUCCAAGUGCAUUCGAGGUGUGAAAGUUGGCUACCCCCUUAAAUUGAAUAUUGUCGAGAAAAAAGUGGUGUCGUCCGACUUCAACGCCGAAUUCAUAACCAGAAUGCUGCCCCGGUUGGACUGGAGCGCUAUUAAACUGGCCGCGAAUAAUAUCGGAACCGACAUACCUGCCAGUUUACCGGACGACAUCGCCACCGAUACCGAAACGCUGCAGAAGCUGCACCACGUGCUGAUGGAGGUGGACAUCAUCGAGGGAACGUUGGAGUGUCCGGAAACGGGCCGGGUGUUUCCCAUCAACGAUGGCAUCCCCAAUAUGCUGCUAAACGAGGACGAAGUUUGAGCGGAUUGAUUCUUCUUGGAGGAAUGAAAGCCAUUUAAACUAGUUGGGACAAACGUUUCUAAGGUGCAUUUUAUUCUUUCACUGCAGAAUUGCGUUUAUGGAUGGAGGCGAUAUGACUGUGUUGAUCAAUUUGUAAAUAAUCUUCAUUUGCUACCGAAUGUGUAAUUUAAACAUUUUCAAUUGAGCACAUAAAUUUAUUCGACAAAAAUAAAGCUUACUCAGCACACAAA